UUGAAAUAAUUAAAUCUAAUAUUACUAUUGAUGAUUUAGGAAAAAUUAAUCAACUUAGUGAUAAAGAAUUUUUACAAAUUGGAACAUGUGCAGCAGAAAUAGCAAAAGAUGAUGGUGUUAGAGAAGCAAUUAAUAUUAAAAUUAAACGAUUAGUCAAUAGAAAAGGAUUUGUUGUAGUUGGACGUGAUGUGACAACCAAAAUUCUUCCUGAUGCAGAGAUAAAAAUUGUACUUGAUGCUGAUAUUGAAACUCGAGUAUUUCGUAAAAUAAAUCAGUUAGGAUAUGAAAAUGAUUUUGCAUUAAUUUUUGAUGAUUUAAUGCAAUGUGAUUUUAAGUCAUAUGAUUUAAUUCAACAAGCAAAACAAAUUUCUACAAUUAUCGACAUGAAAAAUUUAUCACUUGAUCAAGCUAUUCAGAAAAUUUUGAAAUUAGUUAUCUAUCAUGCUUUACAACAUA